AUGAGUAACGCGGACGAACUAGUGCGAAAUGGCAAUGGGAAUGCGGAGGAAGCCGAGUCGCUCGAAUGGGCCCCGCUGGCGAUGUUAGAGCGUUGCAAGAUCAAGGGAAAUGCGACUAACUCUCCACAUAAGCAGGGAGUCCCCUGGAGAGAUAAUUUGGGCGUAGAAUUAGGACAAUUGACUCUUCAAAACCGGGGUGUGAAUGCUAAUGCGCAUAAGAGGUUAGUUUUCCCGCGUCAUGCGAUCAAGCGCGUCAAGGGCGUCCAGGGCGAAAAGACACAGAUGCGUACCGUGCAGAACGAACAAUUGGUUGGGAGAGCCCACAAAGAUCGAAACGGGGAGCAUCAUGAAGCAUUAAGAAAAGGUGGAGACGAGGGGAGGGGAACAGCCAUUCAUGGAGGGGAGGUUUAG